AUGAAAGCACCUCCACUACUCCCGAUCGCCCCAUCAUGGUAUCCCGGCCACAUGCGUCGGUUUUUCACACAGCUCCCCGAACUCCUUGCACGUACGCACAUCGUACUUGAAGCCCGCGACUCUCGGCUUCCUUUAACAUCUAUCAAUCCUGAAUUUGAAGACGCCUUAGAAAGCUGGAGGAAGGGUCGCUCGAGUGGGCUCUGCGAGCGUAUUGUAGUAUAUACCAAAAGAGAUUUAGUACCAAAGUGGGGAGAGGAGCCGCUGAGAAAAGCUCUGUCUAAACACUUCAACCAUCGCGUUCAUUUCACCGCCGAAGGAAAGCCCCAUACAAUCCGCCGGCUACACUCGGAUAUAGUAUCACUGGUGAAAGACCGCGCGGAUCAAUCAUCGUCUUACAAUGUGCUAGUGAUUGGUAUGCCAAAUGUCGGCAAGUCGACACUUUUGAAUGCUUUGAGGUGGAGUAAUACGGCGGGGGCUGCCAAGGCACUGAGAACCUCCCCUCUUCCGGGCUUGACUAGAACAACCUCUACUCCACUAAAGUUACACACCGACCCGCUUAUAUAUUCAGUUGAUACGCCUGGAGUUAUGGUACCUUUUUUGGGUCGAGGAGAAGCAGGGAAAGAACGUGCCAUGAAAUUGGCCCUCGCCGCUGGAAUCAAGGAGUCCUUGUUCGACACAGAGACCAUGUGCUCAUAUUUGUUGCAUAAGCUAUACUUACUCAAUCCCAAAGUGCCCGCAUACAUGUCUGUUCUUCCGCCCUCAUCACCCCAACCAACGACUACUGAAGAAUUUUUGGAGAUGUUGGCGGCUCGAUUAGGUACACUUCAGAAGGGUGGGUUGCUGGACUUGGAAAGAGCAGAGAGGUGGUUUGUACAUUGGUGGAGGAGUGGAGGGGGGGUUGAGCAUCCUAGCCCAUUCGGGUGGGGAUUCGAUUUUGACUUUACGAGUCAACUAGGCGACAGAACUCAGUCCCCUAAUGAAGAAGGGAUGGAAACGCUGAUGGAUCGUACAGUCGGAGAUUAUGUCGAGAGUUUGCGGAGUGAAGGGAGUGAUGAUAGGGUGAGUUUGAGGCAGGAGAAAAAGUCGGCGAGGGAAGCAAAGAUCAAGGCGCGAACCCAGCGUCGUGCAAGCACUACCAAAUGA